UAUAUAUAUGAUUGCAAAGAUCUGAUCCUUACAUUUAAAUGUAGCCAUGCUUUUUGUUUUUGGAUGUGUAAGACUUUAUUUAUAACAUGUGUUAUGAGACACUUUGUUGAAUAUUCAUUAAUUCGUCAUAUGAAAGAAGUCUAUAAGCUGGAAAGAGUGCAGAGAAAAACAAAGUGCUGGAGUAACAGCGGGUCAGGCAGCAUCUCUGGAGAAAGACACAAAAUGCUGGAGUAACUCAGAGGGACACUAACCAUCUUCUGCAGUUCCUUCCUACACAUUUUGGCUGCUCCACUGAGAAAUCUCCUCAAGGGUUGGAAGGAGACCAUGGUUUCCGUAGCAACGGUCCAGCAACUGCUCACCCCUGCGUUCACGGUUGAUAUCCGGAAGGUUGAACGUAACGCCAGGAAAAUGCUGGAGCGCAGCCAGGCCCUGGGCGUCCAGCUCCGGCCGCACAUGAAGACCCACAAAACGGUGGAGUGCGCGGACAUCAUGACGGGCGGUUGUCGGCGCCGCAUCGCCGUGUCCACGCUGGCCGAAGCUCGCUUCUACGCGGACUGUGGCUUUGACGACAUCCUGUACGCCUUCCCGCUGCCCAGGGACAAGGUGGCGGCCUGCGCGGAGCUGGCCGAGCGUCUGGACCGGUUCCAGGUGCUGCUGGACAGCGGAGUGGUGGUGACGGAGCUGGAGAAGAGGCGGCUGAGCGGCGGCAAGUCGUGGCUGGUGUGGUUGAAGCUGGACUGCAACAACGGACGAGCUGGGGUUCGACCUGAAGACUCGGCUGCGUUGAGCCUGGCGAAGUGUAUAGUAGACAGCGAGGCACUGGAGCUGGUGGGAGUGUACGCUCACUGUGGAAACUCCUAUGAUGCGGCUGGCAUUCCGGACAUCCAGGCAGUGGCCCUGGAAACUACCAUGGCCACGUUGAAAUUUGUGGAGAAGUUGGAGAGGGCGGGCGUGAAGUGUCCUCGCAGUAGUAUUGGCUCAACACCCACCUGUAGUCACCCCGUGCCAGAGAUGGGGCGCCUCAACGAACUCCACCCUGGCAACUACAUCUUUUACGAUGUUCAGCAGAUGUUGAUUGGCUCCUGCCAGCUGGAUGACGUGGCGGUGCGGGUGAUGACGAGGGUCAUAGGUCACUAUCCUCACCGCAACCAGCUCCUAGUGGACUGCGGCUGGUCGGCACUCAGUCUGCACGGGAUGGGCAAGAUGCCCACUGGCUAUGCCAUCGUGGAGGGACACCCGGACCUGAAGUUGGUGGGGAUGACCCAGGAACAUGGGAGGAUCGAACCCAUCUCAGGAAAGCUGGAUGUGGACAAGUUUCCACAUGGGACCCUCCUCCCACUCAUCCCUUAUCAUGCCUGUGCUACAGCUGCAAUGCACGGCGUCUACUUUGUCCACUCGGAGGGAAGGAUCGUGGAGGAAUGGAGGCCGACACGGGGCUGGUAGAGACGAGGAAGGUUUCACACCUCGCUGCCUGUGCCGCGGAGUGUACACGUCUAGAUCAGUAAUUCACCGUUGGUUUACCGUAAGCUCAAAGCUUAUGCCGUGCUAAUUAUACAUUGGUGUUAGUUCCAAGUCUGGUUUAGUUCAGUCUAGUUUAUUGUCACGUGUAGCGAGGUACAGUGAAAAGCUUUUGUUGCGUGCUAACCAGUCAGCGGAAAGACAAUACAUGAUUACAAUCGAGCCGUUCACAGUGUAUAUGGGAAUAUCGUUUAGUGCAAGGUAAAAGCCAGCAAAGUCCGAUCAAUGAUAGUCCGAGGGUCACCAAUGAGGUAGAUAGUAGUUCAGGACUGCUCUCUGGUUGUGGUAGGAUGAUUCAGUUGCCUGAUUACAGCCGGGAAGAAACUGUCCCUGAAUCUGGAGGUGUGCGUUUUCACACUUCUGUACCUCUUGCCCAAUGGGAGAGGGGAGAAGAGGGAGUGGCCGGGAUGCUCUGUGCAUCGAGAAUAUUUAGGGUUCAUUUUCUUCACGGCUUUGACCUCAUGAAGUUACCUGUUAAAGGUUUUAUAUAUAUAUGUAUGAUAUGCAAACUAUAUAUCAUAACAUAUCUCUGUAUAUCAGCAUUCAAGUAACUGCAGAAGCUGACAUCCUGGGCAUAAAAUGCAGUGCUGGAGUAACUCAGCGGGUCAGGCAGCCUCCGUGGAUAGAAGAAGGAAUGAUGUUGAGAGGCUGCCUGGCCCGCUGAGUUACUCCGGCAUCUUGUGUCUAUCUUCAGUGCAAACCAGCAUCUGCAGUUCCUUCCUGCACAAGUGACAGGUGGAUACAGGUGAGGGGUCAUUUUAGAUGGGCAGACAAAAUUUACAAGUGACCAAAGUUCAUAAGGUCAUAAGUGAUGGGAGCAGAAUUAGGCCAUUCGGCCCAUCAUGUCGACUCCACCAUUCAAUCAUGGCUGAUCUAUCUCUCCCUCCAAACCCUAUUCUCCAGCCUCUCCCCCAUAACCCCUGACACCCAUACUAAUCAAAUGGGGGCAAAAGUAAGUAAGUAAGUUUAUUGGCCAAGUAUUCACAUACAAGGAAUUUGCCUUGGUGCUCCGCCCACAGGGGUCAAAAAGAAUGCAAGGAAUUUGGAAGAGAGAUGAGGGCAGGACAAAGUCAGGCGAGGGAUAGGUGGAUACAGGGGAGGGGGGGUUCGAUGGGCAGGUGGCUGGACAAAGGCCAGAGCUGACAAGGAGACAAAAGGCUGUGAGAUAAGAAGAGAAGAGGCGUGAAUUGUGAAGCCAGAGGAAGGGAUGUCGAUGGAAGGGGAAGGGGGAGUGGUGGGGGGGGGAUCGGUGAACUCUUACUGAAUAGUGAAAGGCUCGGAUGGAGUGGAUGUGGAGAGGAUGUUUCCACUAGUGGGAGAGUCUAGGACCAGAGGUCGCAGCCUGAGAAUUCAAGGACGUUCCUUCAGGGCGGAGGAGAGGAGGAAUUUCUCAAGGCUGAGGGUGGUGAAUCUGUGGAAUUCUCUGCCACAGACGGCUGUGGAGGACAAGUCAAUGGAUAUUUUUAAGGCAGAGAUAGAUAGAUAGAUUCUCGAUUAGUGCGGGUGUCAGGGGUUAUGGGGAGAAGGCAGGAGAAUGGGGUUAGUGAGGAGGGAUAGAUCAGCCAUGAUUAAAUGGCGGAGCAAGCUUCAUGGGCCGAAUGGCCUAAUACUGCUCCUAUCACUUAUCCCACAGCAAGAAGCCAGUAUGUCAUUCAUAAUAUAUGCAGCCGGAAAUGGAAAUUCAAUGGAUGUUUACUUUAAAUAAA